CCUGCGCCGCGUGGUUAACAACGCAGCCAAGCGGCAAAGAGCUAGCACAAGAAACUUCUUUUGAGUGCGUAGAGCGAGGAGAGCUAAGAGGGCAGGAAUGGCCGGCGUGGUUGGUGUCUGGUUGGGGGAGUUCGCCAAGGUUGGCCGGCCGGAGGCGGCGCGGGCAGCCGGUGCGGAAGCGGGCCGGCGCCAUCAGGGUGAUGAUGGCAUUCGUGUGGUUGAGACCAGGCAGAAGGGUGGUGUCCAGGAGAAGAGGAGGCGGAACAGCGGCGUGCUCGCCGAAUCCGAGGCCGUGGUGUGCAUGCUCAUGGACCGCUUCGCCCCUGCGUGACGCGCCGGCCGGAGAGCCGGUGUGGUGUUAGUACGUACGUACAGAGCAGGCACGGUGCAUACAUGACCCAAGUGUAUUCUGUGCUGUAAGUCUGUGACACUGUGUAUAGUCGUGUUAAUUGUAUCUUACGGGUUUAUGUCUUUGAAGUGAAUAAUUCUUUGGUUAGUAUUCCAA